UGGCCGAGCGGCGCUGGGGGCAGGGCACAACCUCGGGCAGAUAGCAGCGGAGAGGAGGAGCCCAGGUGUCCCUUCCUGCCACAUCGUUCCGCCCCCUCCUGCCCCCGGCCCUCCCCUCCGCCCCUCCCCGCCCGCCGCGGUGCUGGGCUCCCGCGCCCGCCGCCGCCGGAGGGAUGGAGUGAGGCGCGGGGCUCCGAGGUCAACUACAUUAAUAGAGCAAGGAGAGCUGUGGAAAAAAUCAAGGUGAGGACUCCCAUCCGCAGAGCUGAAGCAUGAGUACCGAUGCCAGUCAGGUGGUGAUCACUUCUCCCCCUGCAGCCACAAUGCCCCACAAGGAGAGGUACUUCGACCGCAUCAACGAGAAUGACCCCGAGUACCUCCGGGAGAGGAACAUGUCUCCAGACCUGCGACAGGACUUCAACAUGAUGGAGCAGAGGAAGAGGGUCACUCAGAUACUGCAGAGCCCUGCUUUUAGAGAAGAUCUGGAAUGCCUUAUUCAAGAACAGAUGAAGAAAGGCAAUAACCCAACUGGGCUGCUUGCGUUACAGCAGAUUGCUGAUUACAUUACAGCAAGCUCUUUUGCAGGUUUUUCCUCAUCUUCACUCAGCCAUGGAAUGAUUACCCCCAUCAAUGAUCUACCUGGGAUAGAUACCUCCUCAUUUGUUAAGGGAGAAAAACUUACUCGUUGCAAAUUAGCCAGUUUAUACAGACUGGCUGACUUGUUUGGGUGGGCACAUCUGCCAAAUGCCUACAUCACUGUCAGAGUAAGCAAAGAACAUGAUCAUAUUCUAAUCAUUCCAAGAGGUCUGUCAUUUUCUGAAGCUUCAGCUUCCAAUUUGAUAAAGGUAAACAUCCUGGGAGAUGUAGUUGACCAGGGCAGUACAAGUCUAAGUAUCGACAAUGCAGGAUUCAGUCCACAUGUGGCCAUCUAUUCCACGCGCCCUGAUGUCAGAUGUAUAAUACACAUACACACCCCUGCAACAGCAGCUGUUUCAUCUAUGAAGUGUGGCAUCCUUCCAAUAUCACAGGAGGCUCUGAUUCUGGGAGAUGUUGCUUAUUACAACUACCAGGGUUCUCUUGAUGAUCAGGAAGAGAGAAUUCAGCUUCAGAAAGUACUUGGACCCAGUUGCAAGGUAUUAGUCUUGAGAAACCAUGGUGUAGUAGCUCUAGGAGAGACACUGGAAGAAGCAUUCCACUAUAUUUUCAAUGUACAACUGGCCUGUGAAACACAGGUUCAUGCAUUAGCUGGAGCAGGUGGGAUAGACAAUCUCCUACUGCUGGAUCUGCAGAAGUUCAAGCCUUUCACGCAUGGUGUGGCAGCAGGUGGAGGAGGAGGAGUUAAUAUGGCUUCACAGCAAAAAUGGAAAGUAGGGGAGCAGGAGUUUGAAGCACUCAUGCGGAUGCUGGACAACCUGGGAUACAGAACUGGCUAUGCCUACAGACAACCCUUAGUCAGGGAAAAGCCCAGGCAUAAGAGUGACGUUGAGAUCCCAGCCACUGUGACUGCCUUUUCCUUUGAAGACGAUGCAGUCCCGCUCUCCCCGCUGAAAUUCCUGGCACAGAGACAACAGAGGGAAAAGACAAGAUGGCUGAACUCCCCAAACACGUACUUGAAAGUAAAUGUGCCUGAGGAGUCCUGGAAUGGGGAAGCGAGUCCCAGGACCAAGAUCACGUGGAUGAAAGCUGACGACUCUUCCAAGACUAGUGGAGGAACACCAAUCAAAAUUGAAGAUCCAAACCAGUUUGUUCCUUUAAACACAAACCCCAGUGAAGUGCUGGAAAAGAGAAAUAAGAUUCGGGAGCAAAACCGAUAUGAUCUGAAGACAGCAGGACCACAGUCUCAGCUGCUUGCUGGGAUCGUUGUGGAUAAAAAGCCAAGUCCGCCAAUGCAAUUUGAAGAUGAUGAGCAUGCACCACCAGCACCACCCAACCCAUUCAGCCAUCUCACAGAAAAGGAACUGGAAGAUUACAAGAAAACAAUUGAGCGCAAGCAGUUAGGGCUGGAAGAUGCUGAACAGGAAUUAUUCUCAGAUGACGGUUCAUCUGUGUCACAAAUUCAGUCCCAAACUCAGUCCCCGCAAAAUGUCCCAGAAAAAUUAGAAGAAAAUCACGAGGAUCUCUAUACCCAGAAUGCCAACCUAAUAUCUGCAGAGCUGCCUGUGGUGGUGGUGAACGGCAAGGAAGAUGCACACGAUGUGGAAGAGGAUCUCACCAAGAGGGUCAGUCAGUUAACCACUAGUACUGUGGAGAGCGUAGAGAUUACCAUCAAAAGCUCUGAAAAGAUAGAAGAGGCCCUGUCCCCUGAAGGCUCACCUUCCAAAUCCCCGUCGAAGAAGAAGAAGAAAUUCCGCACCCCAUCUUUCCUGAAGAAGAAUAAAAAGAAAGAGAAAGUGGAAGUGUAAGUGCAGCUCUGUUGGGAGGAGGUGGUGCACGUUUUAAACGUUAAAGUUGACCAUUAACAGAGUAGUGUUAGGGGUGUGCAGUAACUGGACUUUUAACCUAAACAAAGAGGAACUGGAAAAGGUUUUGCUUUAAACAAAACAGAAAUCAAACAAACAAAAAUAAAAAAAAAAAUAAAAAAAGACUUUCAUGUUAAGUGAAAAUUAAUUCAUCUCUCACUUACCUGAGUCCGAAACCGCUAUGAGGGUUUGAAACAUUCAUUAGUUUCAAGUUGAACUACACUGGCAGGUGCUCAAAUACCGUCAUAGCGAGAUGAAAUACCAUCACAGUAUGCAGCAACAAGUUCUGCCCGGGGUAUUUUGCAGACCUUGACAUUUUCAGUACAGUAAAGUCUUUAUUAAAGUUAUUGUUGGGCGAUCAUAUAACUUUCUUUUAAAAAAAAACAAAAACAAACAAACAAACAAAAAAAAACUGCUGUCUGAAUUGGUAACCAGGUCAUACCUUUUUGUAUUGUGAUUUUUGACCAUCUAUUUUAUGUUUCUGUACCCCUGUUUGGGUGGGUGCAUAUUAACAGCACACCUUUAAAUCUUUUUUAAGAUUAGAUCAUAUAGAAAUACUAUACACUGGCACAUAAUAUUAGGGGGAAAACUGUGUAAGAGAAAGUUUAUUUGGAAUUAUUCAAAAUGUCAAAGAGCUCCAUUCAUUGACAACUUCUUUGCCAAAUAUUUCAUUUUAGUGAAAUAUAAUUUUUGAAGACUUCUUUUUUAUUCUGUCUGUCGGGGGGAGGGGGAGACCCUUAUUUUUCAAGAAGGGGGAUUUUAUACACGUAACAUUGAUAAUUUAGUUUAACUGCAAAACAAAAAGAAGAUUUUAUAUGUUCAAAUGUUUGUAUACCAUUCAGUAUAAAAAAUAUUAUAGGCAUGUGAACCAGGCAUUAAAUAGUAGAGUGUAUUUAAGAACGCUUGGUUUAGAGUAUACUUAAAUAUAAUUCAGGAAUCCAGGGACUUAGAAAUUAGAAGACAAAAACGUAUAACAUUGAACUGGAUUCAAGUUUAAAAUUUACUGUGUUGGGUUUUUUCCUCAUGGUAUUGCUAAUGAAUGAAGAAAAAUAAUCUCUUAACGUAACCAAAUGAAGGAAACAAAGCUGUUAAAAGGGAAGUGAAACAGUGAGAAAAUAGGAGGAGACAAAGAAAGUAAAAGUUUGGUGAUUAUUUUUUUUAAAUAUAUGAUAUGGAUUAUGGGAUAUUUUUAUUAAAUCAGCAAAGUGACAUUUCCAUAUUAGAAGUUUUAAAUAAUUUGUGUGGAUUCAUGCAGAGUGCAACACUUGUUGUUGUUUUUUUCCUCACUUUUGUUUGAAUUGUAAAAGGGUCUCAUGAAUGUGUGUUGUCCUUUGGAUGAACCCAGAACAAACCAGAGCCUCGUGCCAUGGGUAGGGUGGUACUGCCACUUGCUCAUUUUUACUGAUAUUGUCAUUUUAUUACUUUUACUGUAUUGUAAAUACAAACUAAACAUAGAAAUUAACAUAGGUUUUUCUUCGCUGUGUCAAAUCGUCUGUAAAUCAGUCAUGGCAAUAGGAAGUGCAUUUUAAAGAUCCAUGUGAUUCCCAAAUUACCAGUUGAAAUAUUAUACAAUAUAUAAUUGUUAAAUAUGGCUGGAGAGUGGUUUGGCAUGCACAAAUGUUGAUAUAGCAUGUUCAGGGGCUGGUUAGCUUUGACUGUGUAAGUGUGAUAAUGCAGUGUUGGAAUGGAUCCUGGAAACAAUUUUCUAGCUAUCACUAAAUACUGGAAUCAGUGUUUUUAAUCAUAGUAGAAACUUUCAGUUGCUUACUUUGUUUUUUAUGUUCUACAUUAUUUGUGUUGUAUUACAACAUAUGUAGAGACAGUAACCUGUGAACUACGCUUUUCAUAACUUUUUUUAAAAAUAUAUCUAAAUGAAUGCAAUGUGCAUAAAUAUUUUUUAAAAUGCAACCGUGAACUAUUUGCACCUUUUGCUAAUGCCUCUAUUUACUUGCUUUGGCAUAAAGAAUGAGCCAGCCAACUCUUGUGUCCUGUGGAAAAUAUAUAAAUGUUAUCUGAAAUUGCUCAUAGAUGUAAUGCUAAUUAAUGUUAAAUCACAAAUAAACAGUAUUUUAAAUAGA